AUGAGCCGUGUUUUGAGUCGACUCAAACCACAGCGCCUUCCUUUCCUUCCCAAGCUCUACUACUACCGCUCCUGGCCUGGACCAACAGGAGGGCCACACACACUCCAGCUGCUGAAGGUUACAACCAAUCUGCCAUGCAGCAAACAACUUCUCCCUCCCUCCCUCCCUGUCCCCCGAAUCACCAGCGCCCUCCUCUCCUCCUCCAAGCUCUACUAUUAUCGCUUCUUCGCUUUACUCUACGGCGCUGUUCUUUCCUCCUCCAAGCUCUACUAUUAUCGCUUCUUUGCCUUACUCUACGGGUGGGCGGGCGGGCACGCUGACGUCACCAUGGUCAACUCCUCCUGGUCCAAGGGGACGCUGUUCUUUCCUCCUCCAAGCUCCACUACUAUCGCUUCUUCGCUCUACUCUACGGGUGGGCGGGCGGGCACGCUGACAGUCACCAUGGUCAACUCAAUGUCCAUGUGUUCCCACUGCCCUCUCCCUCAAUCCCCAAUCACCAGCGCUGUUCUUUCCUCCUCCAAGCUCUACUAUUAUCGCUUCUUUGCCUUACUCUACGGGUGGGCGGGCGGGCACGCUGACGUCACCAUGGUCAACUCCUCCUGGACCGAGGGCCACAUUCGGCGAAUCUGGACGCGCAACAAGCCGAGCUCCGUGCAUCGGGUUUACCCUCCCUGCGACACCGCUGCUCUCCAGGCCCUCCCUCUCUCGCGCUCCUCUCCUGGUUACAUUAUCUCUGUUGCCCAGUUCCGACCAGAAAAGAACCACGCAUUGCAGCUCCGAGCUUUUGCACAGGCCAUAAAGCCCCCGCCACCAUCCGAUCCAACGGCUGACACUUCAUCAAGACCCGAUCCAACGGCCAGCGCUCAAUCGAAUCCCGAUCCGAUGGCUGGCGUGCGUCUGAAGCUGGUGGGCAGCAGCCGGCACCACGAGGACGAGAAGCGGAUCGAGCUGCUGGGGUGCCUGGCAGUGUCGUUGGGCAUUGAGAGACGGGUUGAUUUCAUCGUCAACACCCCUUUCAGGGAGCUGCAGCAACUAUUAGGCGGCGCCACCUGCGGUAUACACACCAUGUGGGACGAGCACUUUGGCAUCAGCGUGGUCGAGUACAUGGCAGCAGGAGCCAUCCCCAUAGCCCACAACUCUGCCGGCCCGAAAAUGGAUAUUGUUGUGCCGGCCUGUCAUGCCGGUUGCAGAAAUAAAGUAGGGCAGGAGAACGGGGGAGGUGAGGAGGGAGAUGAGGAGCGAGACGAGGGAGGCGAAGAGGAGCUUUCAAAGAAGCAAUCAGAGCCGUUGAUUCAGAAGGGCCAGUUGGAAGCUGAGUCAUCGGGCUGCCCUGUAGGGUUUUUGGCUACGACUGAGGACGAAUACGCUGCUGCCAUGCGGGCGGUGUUCGCCAUGUCAGCGGAGGAGAGGGAGCGGAUGGCAACAGCUGGCAGGGAGCGGGCCAAGCGAUUCUCUGAGGAGAAUUUUGAUAAGAGCUUCAAGGACGUUUUAGGACCUGUGCUUGGAUGCUCUUGA